UCAUUCCUUUUAAAACUGACUCACAAGAAAAUACGAAUAAAGAAGUUUAUAAUAACCGAGAAAAGUAUUGCUGAGGCUAAUUGUCAUUAAUAAGCUAUUGCAAAAACUUAUUUAACCACUUCGAAGAAUAGAAGAAAUCAGCUACAGUGUUCAUUAUGAGGUUUCUAUUCAUAUCCCUAUUAAUUGGCGUUGGUGUUGGCACCGUAGUUCUUGCUCGUGAACUAAGAAUACCAAUAUCUGGAACCAUCAAUAUAGAUGCCACCAUUCUAGACGAGUAUAUAGAACAGAAAAUAGAGGAGGAAUUUGGAGGAAUUAGUGGCAUGAAUGGAAUAGGAGACUGUGAGCCAGGAUGGUUAGAGUACAAGGAACGGUGUUUCUUUAUUUCUACAAAUAGGAAAUCCUGGUCAGAUGCACAGACUUACUGUUGGAGUUUUGGUGGUUACCUAGCAGAAAUCCAUGACAAUCAAACUGACGUAUAUAUAAAAUCUCUUCUGGAAGAGGAUGAAGAAAGAAAUCAACGGAUUUUCUUUAUUGGUGCCAGUGACUUAGAAGGUGACACUAAAUGGAUAUGGGCAAAUUCCAAAAAGCCAUUGAAUAACAUGUACCUGGGAAACUUUAAUGCCACAGGAGGACACUGUGCUGCUAUUAUGGAGGAGGAUCUGUCUACCUUUCGUUUGCAUAAUUUACAUUGUGGCAGAAAGUUAAGAUUCAUCUGUGAAGUUGACAAAAUAUAUUGACAUCUUCACAAUUUUGUUUUCCUUGGUUGUAUGCAACAGCCAAGGCAUUAUGCAUUAUGCAUUCAUCAUUCAAUUGUGUCUGUUUUUUUUGUUCACACAUCGUUGUCAAUAUAGUCAGGAAUAUGA